AUGGAUCUCGCUGAACAGGACCACGAUCCAUUCUCCAGUGCGAGUCUCUGGAGACUUUCGAGGUUCACAACUGAGGCUCUGCGACCUUUGGACGAAUUACCAUGGAACACGGGCUUGCCAGAUUUUUCCGACUCGAAAUUUACAGCCUCGCUUCCCUCGAUUGACAAGAUCGACUCGAUCUGGAAAUUGAACUUCUCAAAUGACAUUGAACCUCCAGAAUCAUCCGCCGAGAGCCUCGAUGCUUCCUUAGACGCCCAAUCUGAUACAUCAACGGAUGCCCUGCAGAACAGAGACGACGAAAAUGACAUUUGGGCAUUGGAUGCGCUGCAAGUGGAGACUGGCUUUGUCGCCCCUCACAAAUCGUGGGAGAAAUUCCACGCACGAAUAUUUGAAGAACCCGUAUCAGCCUAUUUUAGCGAGUCGGGCACGAGGGGCUUUGAUGCGGCACUGACAGACCAACAUCGCAUGAAAGGGCAGGGAAAUGUUGUCCGACCAGUUCGAGAAGAUGUUUUUGUGCGAUCACUGCUACGCCUAGGCCUUGGAUGGAGCUCCCCGCUCUUUCGCUACAAUCCCCGAAAGGCGACAUUCGAAAAACACCUGCCCAAUUCGCGCAUGUCCGGAGUGAGCCAAUCAGUCACCGAUUCUAUUAUUGAAGACGUCUUGCGCUGUGGUACGAACAUGCAGUACGCUCGAUCAUUCGCACGAAAUCUGCAGACCAAGUCGAAGGAUCUGGCGUCCGUGUUUGCUUUGCGUGGUACCAUUGCUGUUAGCCUUUAUCAUCUUGAGCGCCAAAUUGCUGGACAUUCGGAAACCGUUGUCUCACUCCUACAAGUGACCACACUAUUUCAUCGCUGUGGAGACUUGAUCGAAGCCCUGGCAGAUAUUAUAAGAGCAACCGAAAAGGCCAACUCAGACGCGCAGGUCAUUUCCAUUACCAUGGAUCAUGCAGCAUUUUUCGCUCAGAAAUAUGGCUGGAUGGAGAAUCUUGUACAAGAAAUUGUUGUUCGAGUAACGCAACCCUGGCUUGGGUUUAUCGAGGGCUGGAUUGGGCUUCGCCCUGAAGGAUCUGCACUGAAUGAUUUAAUUGUCAGCGGCAAGACAUUCCUUGGUGUUGAGCAACAUGACGAUCCCGGUAGAUUUAGGACUGGCUCUUCAAGAAUCGAAUACUUGUACCGUGGAGAACAUAUGCCAUCGUUUAUCCCCGCGGAUCAGGCCCAGCUGAUUUUCGAGAGUGGAAGAAGUCUAAGAUUGCUCAAAAAGUCACACCCAAAUCACCCUCUCGCCCGGCAUGACGUUCUUGCGCGAUCUGGUAAAUUUCAUCUGCACUGUGCAACUACAUGGAACGAGAUUGAACAAAUUCAAAGGAAGGCCCAGGACUAUGAGGCAAAUCUUCGCGCCGAGAUAUUGAGAUACCACAAGGGGGAACUGCCUCGUACAACAAUUGCCGGGUCUGCUUCACAGGAAGUGGAGAUCAGCCAAGAGGAAAUCGUGGAGAAUACGUUUGAAUUAUUCGAUAUUGACGACGAUAAGCAUGUCUCAGGCGGUGCGAUGGAUCAAAAAGCCUUAUCCACUGACAAUGUCAGUGACAUGCUUCAGAAAGCUAGGGGUGAACUUGGAUUCAGUGAUGCAGGAACACGUUUCGGACCUGAACUGGCAUCAGAACUAUAUCUAUCAUUCGCCCCAGUGAUCUCAACCCAGGCACAACUCAUCGACUUCUCAUGCCUCCAUCACAUGUUCAAAGAACACAAGGUACGGCAUCAUUUGAACUUGCAAUGGCGAUUUCAACUACUAGGUGAUGGUUCAUUUACAUCGCGCCUCUCACAUUCACUUUUUGACCCCGAGAUGGACAGCGGGGAGCGCAAGGCCGGCGUAGUUCGCGGUGGUGUUCAUACUGGCUUGCGUCUGGGAAGUCGUGAUACCUGGCCACCUGCAAGUUCUGAACUACGCCUCGUCCUGAUUGGUCUACUUGGGGACUGCUACUUUUCCGAAUCAGAACCCGAGGCAUCCGACAAUGGGCAGCCUCAACGUGACAAUGAACUUCCCGGUGGACUGAACUUUGCCAUUCGCGAAUUAUCUGGUGAGGAGAUCGAUCGGUGCAAAGACCCAAAUGCGAUAGAAGCGCUGGACUUCCUUCGCCUCCAGUAUAAAGCACCAGAAGCUCUGGAGACUCUCAUCACACCAAGGUCCCUGGAAAAAUACGAUCGUCUUUUCAAGCAAUUACUACGUCUUCUUCGCAUGGUAUCUGUUGUCAAAGGACUCAUCCGCGACUCCACCGUCCGUGACUCCCUUUCAGGCAAUACAAGGAACGUGUUCCAGAAAUUCCGAAUCGACGCCCAGCAUUUCAUCCUCGCCGUCAGCGAUUAUUUCUUCCACGUCGGAAUCGGGUCAAUCUGGAGUCGGUUCCAAAGUACCCUCGACAAGAUCGAGCGCUGCCUCGACCGUGGCGACAUAGAUGGUACACUCGAGGCCGCCCACUCCGUGCCCCGUCUCCGUGAUCUACAUGAAGACAUCCUUGACCAAAUGCUCUUCGCCUUCUUCCUGAGUAAACGACAUACAGCGGCCGCGAAGUUACUCGACAAUAUCUUUAGCACGAUUCUUGCGUUUGGCCCAUUAUCGCGGGCUGAUGGGAACAGUGGGGUGCGUCAUGAGAAUGAAGGCACUGUAAAUAAUUUGUAUUCUACGUUUCGAAAACAGGUGUCUGCUUUGGUUGGAUAUUUGCGUGGCUUGGACUCAGGGAAGGGUGCAUCGAAAUCCAUGGCAAAGUCGGCGGCAUUUUUUGGUUCGCGAACUGAGCCCACUAGUGUUUUUGAACAUCUUCGAGUCAGAUUGGAGGUGAAGGAUUAUUAUUGA